CGUUUCCCCUUCACUUGUUAGUCUGCUGUCAGAGAGGGUGAUGAUGUCAGCAACUACCUCCAGACGUGAUCCAUACACGGUGGACCACGGCAGAGGUGCCACUGGUGAGCAGACUGAGAUGGAAACAGAGGAAGUAAGUUGCACCGGUCACGUCAGGUCGGUGAGUGGCGAUUCUUUUCCUCUGGACUUGUCUUAUUGGCGUGGUAUUCGUAAACCUGACGUGGCCUAGUGUUUUCAUUGGGCAUAUUCGUUAAUAAUUCAUGGAUCAAGUUGAACAAAAAGGAUACUUUACUCCCUUUGUCAAAGGGGUCAAACUUGGGGGUUAAAGAAGAUGGACAGAGACGUCUCUCUGCUGCUGGACUGUGCUGCCUGGCACGGUCUGCGACAGUCUCAAGUCCGAGUAGAGAUAUCUGAAAGGUUUAACAGGCACAGAGAUGCAGAUCUUGAGCGACACAUCGAUCACUUGUGGGCAGAGAGGUUGGCCAAGGAGCCCUGGCUGUUCAAUGGAGCCAAGUUUAGACUUCACUCCUUCCAGUUCUCAUCGCUCAACACGUCUUCAUCCCACCAUUUCCUCUGUUCAGGAGACUCUGAGUCAAGCCAUGCUAAAUCAACUGGUGCUCGACUGGACAAUGCAAUAGUAGCGUCUGAAAAGGGUGAAGGCAAUGAGCUCCAGCCAAAAGAGAGCUCUGAUGAUAACUACCGGAGUGAGGAGGCUGUUCCCUUGCUCACCCUCAGGCUGGGCCUCACCUGCUACAAAGACUAUUUGGGCACCAACUGGUCCCUCCGAGUGGAUGAGCUUCACAAGCGUGGAGAGAGUGAGUUUGGGGACCAUCUGGCUCUUCUGGCUCAGCCACUGGGUGUAGGUGCGGUGAUGUCCACCAGUGAUGGAAAGGUGGUGCUGAUCAGGAGGAGUCAGAAGGUUGCUGAAGCUGGCGGACUGCUGGACAUUCCUGGAGGUCACCCCGAGCCCAAGGUGGUUUUGGAGAGCUUGGGUCAGACAGUGUGCGAGGAGAGCAUCACAGUGACGCUGCUGCAACACAAACCCGGGGCUGUUGUGGCAGAGCUAUUCUCCUCUGUGUGCGCGGAGAUCAGAGAUGAGGUGAACGUUCCUCUCCAGUUCCUUGGCGAGCCUGUUUUGAUGGGAGUGGCUCUGAAUCACACCAGCGCCGGCAGACCCAGCGCAGAGUUCCACGUCAGCUGCUCACUAACAUCUGAUGAAGUUAGAACGCUGUACUGGCAGGGAGGAGCCGAAGCCCACGAGUCCACCGACAUCGUCUUCAUCACAACAGGGGAGAUGUUGCAUCUGGACUUGAACAUUCCACUGUGGGCGGAGAUGUGUCCUUCAGCAAAAGGAGCAGUUCUGCUUUUUCAGAAGGUCCGACCCGACAGAGAAACGUCUGCUCGACAAACCAGUGACGUACAAGUUUAACUCCAGAGAAUUGUAUUUUAGCACAUUGUUUUGAAGAGAAAAUAUUAAAAAAAAUAAAAUUUGUACAAAUCUUGUAAACAAAGGUAUUGAUACUUGAAAACACUGAUAGUCCGCCACAGCUGGUAGUGCAAUAUCAUUGCAUAUUGUCAUGCUUCUAGCUUCCUCCGUAACUACCUGCCGAAACUCCAGUUGUUGUAGUUGAUGCUCUGUCCUGGGUAAGGCAAACUCCACUGAAAAAGACACAUUAUUUUUGGUCAUCUUUGUGGUGUGCAGACAUUUCUGUGACAACCAUCAGAAAAAUGUAGGUCAUCACUCACAUAUCCAGGUGGCUGGCUCCAUGGUUGCUGGUUGGAUUUUGCCUCACUCCAUCCUUAGCAAAUGAAAGAAACAAACCAAAAAAAUAGUCAUCAAAGUCCCCAAAAGUAGUUUCAAUAUUGUGGACGCUACCUUGAUUCCACUGUGUCCAACCAGAAUAAGAGCAGCCGUAAGGGUGCGGCCGUUUGCGGAUUUUGGGCUUCUUCUUAACCUGAAUGGGA